AUGGCCGCGCUGCUCGCCGCCGACCGCUACCUCUCAGAGGAGCUGCUGAGCCUCCGGGUCUACGCGCUGCUGGCCGGGGCCGAGCUGCGCCGCGCCAGCCAGAGCUGCCGCCGCUGGCUCGGGGGGCUGAGGGCUGCCCCGCGCGUCGUGCAGGAGCGGGCGCGGUGGCGGUGGCGGUGGUCCCGUGCGAGCAGCCAUGCGCUGAUCCACGGCGACGACGCGUGCGCGGUGAGGGGCGGGGGCGGCUGGCACCCCGGCGCCGUGGCGAUCGCGGACCUGAGGCUGACCGCGGACUCCGAGGCGGCCUGGCGGGUGGACUCCACCGGCGCUGGUGAGGCGGCGAGCCAGGAGGCGAUGGAGGAGGGCUACGCGUACAUCAUGGGGCGGAAUGACGCCCCGGCCGAUCGGGCGAAGGAACGGUGUACACUGACCGCCAGGCGUCCGCAGGUGCACUCUGGGCAUGUCUCGGGUGUGCAGACGGCCUCUCGGCCUGGCGGGGAGCUGAUGCGCGCCAGGGCCUGGGUCCCAGAGGGGCCCCUGGAGGCCUGGUUCGAUGAUCCUCAGGCGAGCAUGUUCUACGGGGGCAGGAGCCUGCGCUGCUGCUUCUCCACCGGAGACAGCAGCGGCCCGCGCAUCGACUACGUCCAGGCAGACGGCCGCCUGGUGGACGCCUGCCUCUCACGGCUCCGCCACGUAGGCGACUGGGUGGAGUUCCACCUCUCCGCGGGGGUGCUGUCGGCAGUGGACUUCAAGGGCCACACCUUCGUCUGGAGCGGCCGGCUGCCAGCUGGCACCGCGUGGUACCCGACGCUCGCGUGGACGGGGAGCAGCGCGGUGCUGUGCCUGACGUACCCGGAGCACUUCGCCGCGGCGCAGCAGCCGCGCGAGGCGCCGGGUGGCACGUGA